AUGACUGUGGAAAUUGAAUCGUUCGAGACUCCCGUCCUCAUCAUUGGCGGCGGCCCUGUCGGGCUCACCACCGCUCUUCUCCUCGCCCGGUAUGGCAUUCCCAGCACGGUUGUGGAGCGAUAUCCCGGACGCUUGGGCCAGCCCAAGGCGCAUGCGGUGAAUCCACGCUCCCUGGAGAUCCUAAGACAGGCUGGGCUGGACACCGUUCAACUCCGUCGGGUCGCUUCGCGCCCGGUUGAUGCCGACUUGGUUCGCUUCGGCCUGUCCCCCCUGGGACUCGAGCUGGGCACACUUCCGUUUGAGCGUCAGGGGGAGGAGAAUAAGGCCAUCACCCCCGAGCCCUUGUUCAACAUCCCCCAGCCCGAGCUGGAGGAAUGGCUAAUGGAUGUCAUCUCCAAGGAAAGCCUAGUCACCCUCAAGCGCGGCUUCCAGUGGGAGUCCUGCACCGGCCCGCAAGACGCCGCCGCCCAGGUGAUGUCCAAGGUCAUUGAGAGGGAAACCAUGCGCCGUCUCCAGAUCACGAGCAAAUAUCUGUUGGCCUGUGAUGGCGCCCGCUCCGGCGCACGAGAGAAGCUGGAGAUUCCCUUCUCCGUGAUCCCGGACGGUCCCACCAAGGAGUCUCAUCACGUCACAAUUCACUUCGAGGCUGACCUGUCGCAUCUGAAGUCGGGCAUCAUCUGGUAUGUCUUUGGGGCUAAGCAACAAGGUGCCUUCCUCGCCUACGACCGAUCAAACAGCUGGGUGUAUGUGACCAACUGGGAUGGAAACCCGGAUUCAAAGGCGAAAUUCACCGACGAGUAUUGUGCAAAAUUGAUCAACGAGGCCAUGGGCCAAGAGUUCCCGUUCAAAGUCCUCUCUACUACGCUGUGGACCACUCAUCCCCGGAUCGCGGACUUUUAUCGGUCUAAGAAACAGCCCCAGGCAUUCCUCUUAGGCGAUGCGGCUCACGCGUUCCCACCCACCGGUGGUCUCGGUGUGAACACGGGCAUUGCAGAUGCCCAGAACCUGGCCUGGAAGAUCAAUGCAGUGGAGAAGGGAUGGUCCAAUCUGGAUUUCCUCGACACUUAUAACAACGAACGACGACCAGUGGCCAUGGCCAAUGCCCGCCAGAGCGCUAAGAAUCAGCGAACAGUGUACAAGUUUUUCUCAGCGAGACCCGAAAUUGUCACCGAUGAAGAGCUAGAACGAAACACUGAGUGGAGAAACCAAUUUGCAAUCGACAUUGCCAAUGAUGCAGAACAUUUUGAUUCGAUCAAUCUGCAACUCGGUUAUGUCUACGGCGGCAAGGCGUGGGAUGACGUGCCUUGUAAUGAGUUCACCCCGAGAUGUGUUCCCGGUAUCCGGUUGCCCCACGCUUGGGUGUCCCAGAAGGCCCUGACUAGAUCCUCGUUAGACCUUGUUGAUGGCCUAGGGUUUACAGUGCUAGGUUCUGCGGACUGCUUGCCUUCCUGUAGCUCCGGCUUUGUUGACAGCAAGACUGGUGUUGAGGUGAAGAUUCAGCGACUUGCCGAGGACUUCUCAUGUGACAACAAGGCCUGGCUCGACAUGACCGGCCUCGCGAGCCAGGGUAAGGGAUUGCUGAUUAGACCCGAUCAGCACGUUCUUGGCGAGGUGCAGUCGCCGCAAGAUGUCCAAGAUCUGCUAUCAUCCUUCUUGUUGCGCGAUUAA